AUGUGUUGUGAUUUGAUCUUAAGGUGGGAUCCACUCUUCACACGUUGGGAGGGAUCAGUUGUUGGUUCUGUCAUUGAAGUGUUCCUCCCAUGGGUGCUCUCCCUUUUGUUCUCCAGGGACAACAUGUGGCUCAAGAGCGAUGUUCUGAAGAACCUUAUUCUAGGCACUGUUGCUGAGAAGCUAGGGAAGACUCCUGCGCAAAUUGUGGGGUCUCCAAAUGGGUCAAAGUGCUCUUCCAAAGAGCACAUACGAAGACAAGAUCAAGCAGAACUUUGA